AAAAUUCCGUCCGGUUGUGUUGUGUGAUGCGGGACGGUGUGACAGAGAGGGGUUUACUGUCUCCUCGUGUCUCAGUCCUUCCCGCACGGAAACCUAUUAAUGAUAUCGGUGGGGUUCCAGUCAUCUCGGGGGGUUUCUGCAGUCCGAAACAAAACAGCUCUCUAUCUGUUAUUGGGGAAUGAACGACGAGAAAAGCCCGGAUAACGGCAAGAGAAACUCUGGGUAUACCAGAGUUUGAUUAGACUUAAACAUCUGAUCUUUCUCUAUGUGGCUUUGUGUUUCUCUGUUCACAGUAUUGAGCAAAUGCUGGCUGUGAACCCCGGGAAGACGCCCAUCAGUCUGCUGCAGGAAUAUGGAACGCGGAUAGGCAAGACUCCAGUGUACGACCUGCUGAAGGCUGAGGGUCAGGCCCACCAGCCUAACUUCACCUUCCGCGUGUCUGUGGGAGACAUCAACUGCACUGGCCAGGGCCCCAGCAAGAAAGCUGCAAAGCACAAAGCCGCAGAAGCUGCCCUGAAAAUGCUGAAAGGAGGAAUGCUGGGAGAGAUUGUAGGGAAUGGGAUGGAGGGAGAAGGCUUUGUCGGGAUUGAUAUGGAGGGCGAAUGCCCUCAGUCAGAGAUGAAAUCAUCCAGUUCGACACAACAAGCUGAGUGCAAUCCAGUCGGAGCUUUGCAGGAACUAGUAGUGCAGAAAGGCUGGCGUUUACCUGAGUACACAGUCACGCAAGAAUCUGGACCUGCACACCGCAAGGAGUUUACAAUGACCUGUAGGGUGGAAAGAUUUGUUGAGAUAGGUAGUGGCACAUCAAAAAAGCUUGCUAAAAGAAAUGCAGCUGCAAAGAUGCUCUCUCGUAUCCAUGAUGUACCAGUGGACAUGCGUAGCGGCCAUGAAGCCGAAGCAGAAGAUGACACUUUCAGUGUGCCAAUAGGUGGCAGACUAGAGGGAGGGAAGUCUAAAGGUCUCGGUUGCACGUGGGACUCUCUGCGGAACUCUGCUGGGGAGAAGAUCCUACAGUUGCGCUGUCAUCCUCUGGGCCAACCCGACUCCAAUUUCUGUUCUCUCCUUCGUGAGCUCUCUGAGGAACAACGCUUUGAUGUCAGCUACCUUGACAUAGAGGAGCGCAGUUUGAGUGGCCUUUACCAGUGUCUAGUGGAGUUGUCCACACAGCCCAUUACCGUCUGCCACGGAUUCGCCUCCAGCCUGCAUGCAGCACGUGUCAGCGCUGCCCACAACGCCCUUCAGUACCUCAAGAUCAUGGCAGGGGGGAAAUAGGA